UGCCUCCCCGACUGGAGGAGCUCGAAGGAGCGAAGUUGCAAACGGCGCUGUGAGCGAGUGAGUAAUCCGCGAGCCAGGCGGCGGGAGCACAUGGUGGCGGCAGCGGCGAAAGGACGCGCGGCGGGCGCCGGGUCCGGGUAGCGAGCGACCGUCUGUCCGUCUCUCUCGCCCCCGCGCUCCUCCUGCUCCUCGGCCCGGCUUGGCUGCAUGGGACGCCGGGCUCCCAGCUGCCCUCGGAAGGCGGCUGAUGAAUUCUCCCGAGAGAGAGAUGCCCGGCUCCCUCUCUCUGCUCCCGGCACGCCGCUGAAAAGAAAAAGACGCGCAGCGGAUACUUGAGUUGCCACCGCUGCUAACGGCAGACGGACUUUCCGAAGCCACCGAAGGGCUCUGGGUGACGUCGAAGCUUUUUGAAUCGGGGAUCGGCUUUGAACUUGGCAAAGCGUUUGGAGGAGAUACAGUUCGGAUUAUUAUUAUUAUUGUAUAUAUUAUUGGAGAGGAGGGGAUUCAUUUCAUGUUGACAUAUUGCAUAUGCAUACGUAGGUGAAGACUUGCAAGUGAGGUGGGCGGGGACUGGCCGAACUAGAAGAGAGGGAUGGAAAGUCCCACUGAGGCAGAAGGCAAAGACCAGUUUGCAAGCUGAACUUUGAAAAGAAGCGAGCCCUGGCAAGAAAAGAAAGCCAGCCUAGCAGACAGUUGAGAAAGUCGCUUUUAUGCAAGAAAAGGCAUCUUUUGCUGGCUAGCCAAAUUGCAUCCGGCUUCUAAGAGCUCCUUUUGCUAUUAAUGGUCACCUUUUCCCUAACCUCCCCACUUUAUGAAUUUCUCUGGAAAAAGCCUGCCUCCUUUCCACCAUCUGCUUUCCUAGCUCUGCCUUUGAAAUGCAGGAUCGUUCAGUUCUCUCUGAUUUGGAUUUCCACCCUCUUCCUGCUGAAAUCUGGGACUCUUGACUUUUGCCGCUGUUUUGUUCUUCUUCUUUGACCCACGUGCAGUUGGCUCCUUGCGAUUGUCCCACCCUCACCAUGUCUUUCAACCACACCAUGCUGUCUCCUGCCAACGGCUCCUCCAAUGGGACCGGAGGGGCACCGGAGGGCAGCAAGCCCUUGACCAUCCCCGCUGUCAUGUUCAUCUUUGGGGUGGUGGGGAACCUCAUUGCCAUUGUGGUGCUCUGCAAGUCCAGGAAGGAGCAGAAAGAGACCACCUUCUACACUUUGGUGUGCGGCUUGGCCGUGACGGACCUCCUGGGCACCUGCCUGGUGAGCCCGGUCACGAUAGCCACAUACCUGAAGAACGAGUGGCCGGGCGGCCAACCGCUUUGCGAAUACAGCACCUUCAUCCUCCUCUUCUUUGGACUGUCUGGACUCAGCAUCAUCUGCGCAAUGUCCAUUGAGAGGUACCUAGCCAUCAACCAUGCAUACUUCUACAGCCAUUAUGUGGAUAAGAAGCUGGCAGCGCUCACGCUCUUUGCCAUCUAUGUUUCCAACGUCCUCUUCUGUGCCUUGCCGAGCAUGGGCUUGGGCAGCACAAAGCUGCAGUACCCCCAGACUUGGUGCUUCAUAGACUGGCGGACCAACGUCUCCACGCACGCCGCCUAUUCUUACAUGUAUGCCGGCUUCAGUUCCUUCUUGAUCAUGGUCACCGUGGUUUCCAACGUCUUGGUGUGCAUGGCCCUGAUCCGCAUGCACCGACAGUUCAUGCGGCGCACCUCCCUGGGGACGGACAAUACCGCCAGCCGACUGUCGGACUUCCGCCGGCGCAGGAGCUUCCGGCGCAUGGCCGGCGCAGAGAUCCAAAUGGUCAUCUUGCUCAUUGCCACCUCCUUGGUUGUGCUGAUCUGCUCCAUUCCUCUCGUGGUGCGUGUCUUUGUGAACCAGUUGUACCAGCCGCCUUUGGUGAAGGACAUUCAGCAAAACCCCGACUUGCAGGCCAUCCGCAUCGCUUCGGUCAACCCCAUUCUGGACCCCUGGGUGUACAUCCUGCUUCGCAAGACAGUGCUGAGCAAAGCCAUAGAGAAGGUCAAGUGCCUCUUCUGCCGCAUCGGCGGAGGCCACCGCCAGCACUCGGGAAGCAACUUCAACUGCGCGGAUGGCCGCCGGGCUUCCUCUGCCACGGCCACCCAUUCGCCCUCCUUCAUUUCCCGGGAGCUGAGGGAUGUUAGCAGCACCUCGCAGACGCUUCUGUACCCACUGGAGCCGAGCGAGGGGGCUGCCGGGGACCGGGUGCUGUUGCCAGGGGCCAGCAGCCGCCUGGCCCAGUCAGACACUACGUCCAUAAGGACACUGAGGAGCUCAAACACCUCGGAGUCGUCCCAGGGCCACGAGUCGGAGACGGUCUUUUUGGUGAACGAACUCAGGCCCGGCGCUGCUCAAAAGGGCAGCUCUCUUCAGGUCACCUUCCCCAGCGAGACGCUGAACUUGUCGGAGAAGUGUAUAUAAAGGAAUGGAGGACGAUUGUGAGGCGCAGAAGGUCCUUUGGAAAAGGACCGGAGAGGAACUCGUUCGGCGGGCAUAUCAAAUGUCUGGCCUUUGCCAUCCGGUCUGCUCUGCCCAUUGUGGUUAAGGCACACCAGAGGCCUAACAAGCUCGCCUUGCUGAUCUAAUGGGACUGUGUAGCCGUUUAGGGCCAGGCGAGCAUCUAUUAAGAGAGCUCCUUUGGGUAUGAAAUGGCAGUGGGGUGGAAUUAAACAUCCUGGCUGAAAAACGUAUGCCAUCUUUCCUGAAAAGCUGGGCAGUGGAGCUGUAAGUUUGACCGGAUGUGCAUUUGAGUGUGAUAUGCACAGUUCUUGCAGGUGACUAAGGAUCACCCCACAAAAAUAUCAGGCUCUGCCCAUGUAACAGGUGAAUGUAUGGAGGUUGCAGGUGUGCAGGCUGCUGUUUGUUGCCUUUCCUUGCCCUGUGACACAGGACUGUUUUGCAGAAGAUCCAGGGUUUGGAAAGAGUUGCUGAUUUUCCCCAUCCAGACAUGACUGAAGCAUACUUAUCCCCUAUUCCUCUCCCCUCCCUUAUUACUUAAUAAGGUUUAGAGAGAACUAAUUCAGGCAGUUGUUGGUAACUGUGUAAACUGCUCCAGUCAAUGGUGAAAUUGAGAAUCUCUCCUGUGGCGUGGAAAAAAAUAAUGUGAAUUUCUCUGGCUGUGUAUAGCAUGACUGAAUGUAUUUUAAAAAAAUGCUGUAUUCUUCUCUGUGAGAAGGUUCAUUAUUAAUACAAAGUAUAUAAAAAGAAAUAUUGCCAGCCCUCUCUUCCUCCUUACGCCUGCUGAUAGAGAGUUUUACGUUAAAUUUAUUUUUCAGAUAUGCAAACUCAGCAGGCCAUAGCAGAGCGGAUUCCUAAGGCAGGAGUGGAGGGAUUUGGAAUCAAAUGAGGAAAAUGUUAUGAAACCACUGGGGGAAAUAAAGGAAAAGGCUUUUAUGUUUUUUAAAAUGUUCCUUGUAUUGUAUGUGUGCGUGAAUAGAAAGAAAGAAAGAAAGAAAGAAAGAAAGAAAGAAAGAAAGAGAAAGAAAGAAAGAAAACAGAGUUUAUGUGUUGUGAAUGUCUUCUCAAAAUGCAGCGGCUUCAAUGUAGGCCAACAAUCCAGUCCCCUGAACAUUUUAUCUGCACAUACGGCACAAUCCUACUCAGGUUUACUCAAAAGUAAGUCCCGCUGUCUUCAGCGGAGCUUAGUCUCAGGCAAGCAGGAGGAAGCUUUUGCAGCCUUAAUUAUGAUAGUGGGAAUUCUUGCAAACAGGAAAAUCUUUCCCCGAUCAUGGCCCAAAACAUCCAUCUCUGGCCCUUGCCCGUUUUGCUCAACUUCAAACUUCUUUCCUCAGAAGCAACUUCUGAGUGGAGCCCAAGCAAGUAUGUUUAGGAUUGCAAUCCUAGGACCAGCUCAUGCAGCUUGCUGCUCCUCUGAUGGAGUUAGCAGGGCUGGCAGUGGUCUAACAAGCAUUGUACAGUGGCAAGUAUUGUAGCAAGUGCUGCUUCCACAUGGGGUAUGUAUAUGCAGCUGCUGCCAUGUGUGUGCUUGUGGCAGCUUUUUCUUUUAAAGAGGCCACUGCCAUUGCAUAUAUUUUUGGGCUGCAAGUAUCUGGGGGCAGUAGAUCCUACCAUGAAAGUUCAUACAGCCGUGCCAUGAACACAUCAUCAGUUAGAGGUGACCAAGUGUAUGGAGAAAUGCAUAGCCUUGAAAAAAGAAAGCUGCUAAAAUAUUUUGACUUGUUAAAUGUUUUAUCAUUGUAUGGUGCCCUUGGCUUACAAGGAGUGUACUAUUGCCAGUUUCCUGCACAGAAUACCUUUUUGAUUGUCAGUAGACGGUCCCUUCCAAUUCUACCGUUCUAGUUACCAUUGCUUUCUGUAUUAAGGGUUGGACCACUGUAAGAGAUGUGGAGAAGCAAGGAAACACAGAACCGGGUGCCGAAUUGUGUCCAUGUGCAUGUUUUAGGACUGAACCUAGAGGUGAUCAGUAUUCCACCAUGGGCAGCCUGGUGUGGGGGGCUGCAUGCCAGAGGUGGGUGGGGUUGGGGGCAAAAAUAGACGGGAAAACAGAUGCAGUAGUUCUUUGUUGUACAGUAGUUCUAUAUUCCACCCAUGGGAAACUGAGGCGCUUCUGAUACCCACACACAUUUCUCCAUCUGGCAGAUAGGCAGGCAAGCAUGCAAGCAAGCAAGCAAACAAAUAAGAGAGGCAUCGUCCUAAUUCAAGGGCAUGUUCCUGACAAGUGAAGGGACUUGAGGAGGAUGUGAAGCAGGACUAGUGAGAAGUGUGGCCUGAGGAGAGUCCUGAGGACCAGACAAGGGAGGCUUGCAGGCCUGUGGUUCUGCAUCCCUGCUCGACACCACCCUCCCCCAGCUAGGGUGUGGUCUAAAGCAGUCUUUCCCAAACUUGGGUCUCCAGCUGUUUUUGGACUACAACUCCCACCAUCCCUAGACAACAGGACCAGUGGUCAGGGAUGAUGGGAAUUAUAGCCCCCAAACAGCUGGAGACCCAGGUUUGGGAAACACUGGUCUAAAGGCACAUGAUGCCACGACCUUGCAGAAGCUAAGCAGGUCUAGGUCUCCAUUUGGUUGGUGUCUGGAUGGGUGAGUGCCUGGGAACCAGAGUCUGCUGCCUUGGGUUCCAUGAUGGAAGAAGAAUGUAAGAAAAGGAGUUUCAGCUCAUCUGAAGUUAGACUGCUCAAGUUUGGCCUUAUACACUCCACUUGUUAUAUGGGAGAAAGCACUAACACACAGGGGAAAGAAAAGUGCAUCACAUUUAAAAAUCAAUACACUGAUUUUUGGAUCUCAACAAAAAAUGAGACACAAAGUAAUGACCAGUAAAAUACCAGGGGGACUAUUAGCCUUAAGAUUUCACUUCACUAGAAAUAACAGGUAAAGCUAGAGGGGAUUUUACGUCUGUGUGCCAUGUUCAAAGGGUUGCACUUUGCCUCCUGGUGUUGUUAUCCUGUACAGCUAGUUGGGAGGCCUGGUUUUCAUCAAGGAAAAUAUUAAGCAUGUUAUGUUGCUCAACAUGUUUUCAUGUGUACUGCUUUCUGUUGGAAUUAGAAUUCUGAGCCUGAAUGUCAGCGAUAUGUUUUACAAAACUGUUUGUACUGGCACAAAAUCUCUUCUGGCAAUCACCAUUAAAAUGCAGGCAUGCCACUGGA